GAUUCUUCUUGUCCUGGUGCCGGGUUCAGCUGAUAGCCGCCAGAUUCUGAAGGACACGUACGGUAAUUCCUCGUCCUCCAAUAUGCCGGGAGACUCCUCGUCCCCCAGUAUGCCGGGAGACGCCUUGUCCUCCAGUAUGCCCGGAGACUCCUCAUCCUCCAGUAUGCCGGGAGACUCCUCGUCCUCCAGUAUGCCGGGAGACUCCUCGUCCUCCAGUAUUCCGGGAGACGCCUCGUCCUCCAGUAUGCCCGGCGACUCCUCGUCCUCCAGUAUGCUCGGAGACUCCUCGUCCUCCAAUAUGCCCGGAAACGUCUCUCUCAACAGUAUGCCCGGAAAUGCCACAUCCUACAGUAUGGGUCAAGAAUUACGGAACAUUACUGCUGACGUCAUGAACUCCCUCGGCAGGCAAGGCUUUCGGCCUUAA